AUGCUAACGACCGCACCAGUUAUCCCUCUGCUCACGCUCAUCUCCUUCCUAUUCUUCUUGACUUUCUCAGACUGGCUUGCAGGCAUCAUCCUCAGAGCUGGCCUAAUAGGACAAAUUAUCGUGGGCCUCAUCUACGGCGUUCCCAUUGGUGAUAUCCUGCCCCUCGACUGGCAGGAGACCUUUAUCGCCCUCGGUUACCUGGGGCUCAUCCUCAUCGUGUUUGAAGGCGGUCUUACCGUGCGCCUAGACCUGCUCAGGAAAAACUUUCUCCUCAGCGUCUGCGCAGCCUGCGUCGGCAUCCUGACGCCCAUCGCCUUUUGCUACCUGCUCCUCUACCUCGGCUUCGGGUAUGGCCCCAUCGAGACCUUCAUCAUCGGCGCCGCCCUCUCGGCGACCUCCCUCGGCACCACCUUCGUCGUCAUGAGCCCCGCCAACACCGGCCUCGACUUUGCCCAGACCACCGUCGGCAUCGUGCUCCUCAGCGCCGCCCUGCUCGACGACAUCUCCGCCCUCGUCAUGGUCAGCGUCGUCUACAAGCUCGGCGCCCUCGCGGGGACGAUGAAAACUCUUUCUCUUCAUCCUCCCCUAGCGUCGGCUGGAUCAUCGGCCGGCCCAUCGCGCUAUGCGGAGCCGCGGCUUGCGCCGUACGGACACGUGCCCAACAUCAUUCUCAUGACGCUCGUCCUCUGCGCUUUCGUCGCCAUUUCCGGUUUCGCUGGCGCCUCUUCUGUGGAGAAGGCUGAGCAGGUUGAGGGAAAGGCGCCGACGUUUGCGCACUCGUUUGAAAAAUAUGUGGGCGGCGCGCAGACCUCUGUGGACCGGGAGGCGAUCUGGAAGGGUAUCGUAACCACUCUACUAAUGGUGGUCGGAAAGAUGCUCGUGGGAGUCGUCGUACCCAUAUCCGAUGCCCUGAGUCGCAGGAAGAACACGGACAAAACUACAGAUGGCGGUCUGCUCCAGCGCACCUGGAAACCCGCCACCUUCCUCGGCAUGGCCAUGGUCGCCCGUGGGGAGAUUGGCCUGCUCAUCAUCCAAGUCGGGCUCAACGAGACCUCGUACCUCUCUCAGCCCGCCUUCAUUACGGCCGCCUGGGCCAUCAUCUUGAACACCAUCAUCGGCCCCGUAUGUGUAGGGUUGCUGAUCAAGGUACACAAGAUAUCCAUCUACGAGGAUGAGAGAUGGGGCGCUCAGGAGAAGGAGGUUGCUGGCGGUCCCGAGACGCCUACCACUCACGCGGACGAUGAGGUGGAUCAACAUAAUUAUGAGGAGAGGCUGCGCGGAAGAGGUAUCACAGGCCCGUUCAGCUUCAAUAUUGGCGAAGACGCUCAUGCUUCCAGCGAACUCUGGGUGGGGCCCCUUGGUUGUACCAUCGUCGCUAGGCUUCAGGGUGACGACCCUAUCCGAGACUCUAUUUUAGAGGUUCUUGUGGCUGGCUACAUGUACCCUGCUUGA